AUGGCAGAUCCGCUAUACGAACUGCUAAUUCCUUAUUUUGACAAGCCAUCACCACGUCCACCACCCAGCUCGAAUGACCCAACAACGAAUACGUACCUCUCUCGCCUUACCACUCUCCCCCUCAACUCCCUCACCACCACAGAACCACAAUCCCUCACUCAAUCGACACACUCAUUGCUCCUUUCUCUUCAAGCGCUCUCGAAACGAUCGCAUAAAUCCAUAAUCGACUCUUCUACCCACCUCUCUACUCUAAGCACCACCCUACCAAGUCUAGCGCAAUCCACAGCCUCUCUUCGAGAUGCACUGCCCAAACUCGACGAUGCAGCAAUUAAUUUCAGCGAGAACUAUAACCUGCGUGCCGAAAAUGACAAUACCUUGCUAGAACGAAGGAGAAAAGCACUUCUCCUGUCCCGAAACAUUGAUCGCCUGUCCGACGUUCUAGACCUUCCCGCCCUCCUCUCCUCUGCGAUAUCCUCCUCUUCAAAUACUACAGCACCAAAUAAUAAUGCCUCGAAUGCAACAUUAAACUAUGCCUCCGCUCUCGACCUCAAUGCGCAUAUCAAGCGUCUCCAUGGUCUAUAUCCCGACUCGCCCCUCAUAACGAGCGUCCGUGUUCAAGCCGAAACUGCGAUGCAGGAUAUGUGUACAAAUCUGAUUGCCAGUCUACGAGGGAACAGCUUGAAGCUCGCAAGUGCAAUGAGGACUAUAAGUUGGCUACGAAGAGUAGCACCAGAGUUGAAUCCUACUCCCACGAAUGCGCUCUCCGGUACCAGCACAAUAUCUGCAAAUUCAAAUAAUACCCGAGAAGGUGCUUUAGGCUCACUCUUCCUCGUCUGUCGCCUCUCCAAUCUCUCCCAAAUGCUCUCAGCUCUCGAUCCUCUUCGUGAACUCGCAGAUCAAGAAACGGCGAAACUUCUAGCUCAAGGAAAUCAACAAGGCCUGAAAGAAAAAAGCAAAUGGGAAGGCGGUCAACAAACAGAACGCUAUUUAAAACGGUACAUUGAGAUUUUCCGUGAACAAAGUUUUGCGGUGGUGAGCAUGUACCGCUCCAUCUUCCCACCACCAGCCGCGACACCCGAAGGGUUGAAGGGCGUCAUCCCCGCAGCCGGAAAACAGGAUCCUUUAGAACCUCUUCCUAGCGCUCUGGGGACAUUUCCUCAGAGGUUGGUGGGGAUGUUGGAGGAGACUUUACGGCAGUAUUUGCCGAAUGUUCGGGAUCGAAGUUCGCGGGAUAGUCUGUUGACGCAGGUUCUCUAUUGUGCGGGGAGUUUGGGAAGGUUAGGAGGGGAUUUUAGUAUGAUUCUUGCGUUCUUGGGAGAGGUUGGCGAUGAGGAGGAGGAUGAAGAUGAGGAGUGGGCGGAGGUUAUUAGGAAACAUAGGGUUCUUGCCGGGAGGUUGGAGUUGAUGGUUGGGUCGAAGGAGCAUUAA